ACCAACCGGAAGCCCAGCUCAGAGACAAGAAAUUUGAAUGGCUCUGUCGUCAAGACUGCUCGCAUUCUCCUUCUACCGACCCAAAAUGUUGCUGAACUCUAACAACGGUCACUGCAACUACAAGAUCAGUCCCAAGGUUUCGUUCGGUGCCGGCGAACUUUCUUCGAAGAAGAAUAACGGUAGAAACCUUCCAAUUCUCCUUUUUGACAUAAUGGACACCGUUGUUCGUGACCCCUUUUACGAGGAUGUUCCUGCAUUUUUCAGAAUGCCAAUGAAGGACCUUCUCGAAUGCAAGCGUCCGACUGCAUGGAUUGAGUUUGAAAAGGGCAUGAUUGAUGAGGCGGAGCUAGGCAGGAAAUUCUUUAAAGAUGGAAAAUCUUUUGAUUUGGAAGGCCUCAAAAAUUGUAUGAUAAGAGGAUAUUCUUUCUUGGAAGGAAUGGAACAACUACUUCAGGAUCUAAAACAAAAUAACCUCGAGAUGCAUGCUUUUACUAACUAUCCCAUCUGGUACCAAUUGAUUGAGGACAAAUUAAAAAUUUCAACUUAUUUAUCUUGGACAUUUUGUUCGUGUAUAAUAGGAAAAAGGAAGCCUGAUCCUGAUUGCUAUCUUGAAGUACUGAAACAUCUUAAUGUUCAUCCUGCAAGCUGCAUAUUUAUUGAUGACAGGUUGAGAAAUGUGGAAGCUGCAGUAGAAGCUGGCAUUGUCGGCUUGCAUUUCAAGAAUGCAAAUUUGCUUCGGCAGGAUCUCUUGCAAUUGGGAAUUGACAUUUCUGCACAUGAAAAUCAAGAAUUGUGAGUUCUUUCCCAGACUGUAUUCCUAUUCAUAUAGUGAACUCAUUUUUUUUUUUCCAGUGGCUCUUAAUUUGUUAAUUUUUGUUGGUGCCAUUGGUUUAGUUUGUUGAUGAAUAGUGAUGCUUCCUUCUGAAUUAUUUGGCAGCAAACCAAUCUUUGGAUUGUAGCAUUAUGGCUCUAGUUCUUGAAACAUGUAUAUGAUAAUUUAACUGCAUAAAUUUUGGUGGGAACCUUCUGGGUAUACAAAUCCCAGGAGAUGACAUGAUUAUGGGGUGUGUAUUUCAAUACAUUUAAUAAAUCUUUAAUAUAUUCAAGGAAAAAGUUAGUA